AUGAUUGAUUAUAUAAAGGAAACAGGUGACAUUCUAAUCACAAGAUCUAUGAGUUCAUUUCAAUAGAAUAGUGAUUCAAGUCCAAAAAACUUAUUAGGUAGUCAUAAACAAUUUCGUUUUCCAACAAUCUCUAAUUCAUUAUUAAAAUCAGCUAUAGAAGCUAAUUAUUUAGAAGCUGAACAAAAGAAUAAUAUCAUUAGAAAUCCAAAUCAUUUAACAGUUUUUAGAAUGCAUUUUGAUACAAAUUCACCAAGAACUUAGACUGCAAUGGAAAUUCUAAAAUUAAAUGUACAGGAUCUUUAAGUGAAAGAUUAUGAAGAAUUUUAUCAAAAACUUAAAGAUCCACUUUAGAACCUUAUAUCAUAUUUGUAAUAUGUAACAGGUAAAUAUAAAAUAUUAAAUGACAUCUUAAAAAAAAGAAAUUAAAUAAAACACAUACAAUCUUAGGUCUCUAAAUAAAUAAAUUCUAAAAAUAUCAAGUAUAAGGAUGAAUCAAUAUCUCUCGAAUAAACUACUGAAUUGAAAAAAUAAUCAUGUGAAGAUGUUCAUUCCACAAUUUUAAGUGCAACUCAAAAAAAGGAACUUUUUGAUAAGAAAUUGAUUAAAGCUUCAGAAAAUUAUAAUAAGUAAAUAAUAUGAAUACAAUAUAGAUUUCUAAAUUUAGUGCAUGAUUAAAUAAAUAAAUAAGAUGAAUAUUAUAGUAAGACUGCACCUGAAAUUUAUUAGAAAGCAGAAAGAUUGAAAUAAAAGCAAUUAGAAUUAGUAAGAAAGAAACUUAGGAUGGAUCAUAUAAAGGUUGAUUAAAUAUGUUAAAAGGCAAAAAAAGAAGAAUAAACUUAAUAUCGAGAGCAUUAGAAGAUAGUUUAAGAAUUGGAGAAAGAUCAUAAUCUUCAUUAGGAAAGAAAAUAAAAAUAAUUAUAAUAAGCAUAAGAGGAAUUAUUGGAAUAAUUGAAAAAGAAAGAAGAGAAGGAAAGAGAGAGAUAGUUAAAAAGAUAAAUUUAAAUGAAUUUAGAAUAGAGUAUGAUAGAUUAAGUUAUGGAUUCAAUAAAAAAGAAAUCUGAUUAUAUGAAUGAAUAUUUACAUAAGAAAUAAGAAAAUGAGAAGAAAAAACAUAAUUAAACUAUCAAAAUAUUUGAAGAGAAAUAAAAGAAAUUAUAAGAAUCUUAUGUUUAAAAAGAGAAUUAGAAUGUUUAAAAUUAUUUUAGUAAAUCAACAUAAAGAUAAGUAUAAAUAGUAUUAAUAUUUAGAUUUAAAUAAAUAAACAUGAAAUAUCUUAAUUGAAAUAAUAAAAGAGUUUAUCAUUAAAGAACAGUAGAAUUAUGAAGAGAGUAGAAUAAUUUUAGGAAUCAUUAGAUUAAAAGCGAUUUGAAGAAUUGAAUUUUAAAUUAUAAGAAACAGAUGAAAAGUUAGAGGAAGGAAUUAAAAGGUAUUAAUUUUAUUAUAAUUAUAGACAUUAAUCUCUUUUGGAUUUAAGAAAAAUUAAAUUAUCUUAAAAAAAUGAACAUAGAUUUAAAUUGGCAAAAUAAAAAUAAAUGGAAAAUAUGUUAGAAAAAAUUCAUAAACAAAAUCAAAUUUUAUAAAAAAAUCUCGAAAUUAAUUAAAAAAAUGACAAAAUAAAAUAAGAAUUAGAAUUUUUAGAGAAAUAUAAAAAAGAAUAAUUAUAAGAUCAUGUUAUUUAAAGAAGUAUUUUGGCAUAAAAAUUAUCAUCUUGA